UGUCACUUUCUUGGUUCUGUCACUUUGACAGUUAUAAUUGUCAAUAAGGUCAAUCAAUUCCUCGUCGGAUUGUGUUGAUUCUAAGUAUUUAUUUCUUUCUGUUUUGUUCGAAGAUUUAAUAUAUUUUCAAACUACAAAAGAUAUACAAUAAAAUGCCUUCCGAUUGUUAUACUUGUGACCUUGAUCCAGAGACGAAUAGUACUCUUAAAAUGUAUCUUUUCAAGAACGUUGAGAAUGUGGAGGAAAUCCGAAACAAUAUUAUCAAAGGAGCGUGGAACUGCGCUGUCAUCAAGCCCAGCUUGAUACUCGACCCUUUUCAAGUGGUCGCCGCCGCGAACCGCGCCGCCGUGUCUGCGAAACUUGGCUCCAUGGUCACGAGAACAGUCUAUGCUGAGAUUCUAUACAAUUUGUCGUUAACCAAGAACAUUUCGCAGAGUUUAAGCAAAUUUGGAGUUGAGAAAGACCCGAAUAUGCUCGUCUGUUUCAUCACGUCUGUAGAUAAAAAUGAGAGCAAUGAUAUUGUACCUUUGAUAAGGGGAGAAAUAUGUCCAAUGUCGGACCUCACACAGUUUACCAAUUUGAAAGACUUGAAAAGUGUGUAUAAGUUAAAUAAGGUGGAUUCUAAGAGUAAUAACGAUUUGUUGGACAUUGUUGUGAGUAGGAUGGUUACAAAAAACUUUGUCUCACAUUAAAAUUAUCCCAAAUAUAUGUGUUUUUAUUCAACGUAUUCUUGAUGAAGUACAUGUAUCUUACUUAAGAUUUUUUUAUGAAAACAUUCUCUCUCGCUUUCUCUUUAGCCUUUUUCUACCCUUCGGGUGUAGGCCUCCUUCAUUUUGCGCCAUUCGUCGCGGUUCUGUGCGACUUGGAGCCACUGUUUCCCCACAGUCUUCUUAAUGUCGUCGUCUCAACGCAUCUGGGGUCUACUUUGAGGACGCUCUUCCCCCCACAGUUGCCACUCGAGUAGUACAUUGUCACAUAUUAUUGUAGGUAAAUACAGAUAUAUUAUGUUAUAUAGGAAUGAGGGAAUUUUAAAAUAACCCAAUUUAUGUACCAUGUUUUAUUUUAACAACAACAAUUUUAAAUUGUAUAAUGUACAAUUAAAUUACACAAUUUGUAUAAGCCACUAAUUAAAUCAACUUUACAAAUGCA